CGAAAGGCAUAAAUACGGACAUGGAUUCUCUUUCUUCUCUCAGCUUCAUCUCCAGCUUUUCACCAUGGUCUUGUCCAACAUUCCGCAGUACACCUUAGGCAACGAGAUUACGGAGAAGGCAUUUACUUCGCAUGAUUUACCUCUCGUCACAUAUGGAUUACCCUUUCCACGUCUCGUCGCUCUCCAUGUCCAACGCCUGGGAUGUCAGAGAGUAUAUGCUCUUGUCAGUGGUAGUGUGGCCAGAAAGACCCCCAGUUACCAGCAGUUAAAGGACGAACUUGGCCCACUGUUGGUCGCGGAACGGGUUGGCGUCAAACCCCACACCUAUUGGGAUGAAGUUCUUGAGAUGGCCAAAGAUGCGCAGGCUGCAAAGGCGGACAUACUCGUGACCCUCGGUGGAGGCAGCGUGACUGAUGCUGCGAAGCUCGUCAGCUUAGCAAUUAGCAACAAUGUCACGAGUCUCGACGAGAUGGGUGCUCUUGUUCCCAUCCCUCGAGGUGUCGACGCCGAGACCAAGAAACUCAAGUUCGACAUUCCGGAGAACAUCAAGGACCUGACUAUUCCCGUCAUCGUCAUUCCUACGACCCUCAGCGCGGGAGAGCACACUCACGCUUCCGGUGCAACUGAUCCUCGCAAUAAUGCGAAAUACCAGUUCUUUACUCCGGGGAUGACGCCGAAGGUGAUCGUAUUGGACCCGCAGGUGACGCUGACCACUCCUGAAAGGACUUGGUUGUCCUCCGGUGUUCGUGCGAUUGAUCACUCCGUCGAGGGUCUCUGCUCUCUGAUCUCUACUCCAGAGACGGAGAAGAUCUCGGGCGAGGCUCUGUCUCUACUUGUCCCUGCUCUCCUCAAACUCAAGAAGGAAAACUUCAACGAUCUUCAGGCGCGUUUCGAGGCGCAGGUUGGCGCUCGCAAGUCUACAGAACCAUUCCUCUGCUACGGCGUCCCUAUAGGCGGCUCUCAUGGUAUUGGCCAUAUGCUCGGUCCUUUCGGAGUCGGACAUGGAGAAACGUCCUGUAUCCUCCUCCCUUCCGUCUGCAAGUACAACAGUGCCGAUCCCACAGCACUCGAACAUCAACAUCGCACCCUGUCCGUUCUCUGGUCCUUACCCUGCGUAGCCUCCGUCCUCGAGGCCCGAGGACUCAAACGACACACAGCUGAUCUGAGCACCGUCCUCGAUGGAGUGUUUAGGGAGCUGGGCAUGCCGAGGUCGCUGAGGGAUGUGGGGAUAGAUCCGACGGAGGAGUUCUUGGAGAAGCUGGCAGAGAUGAGUUUGACGGAUUUCUCGCUGGCGUCGAACCCGAUUCCUCUGACGGAGAAGAGUCAAGUCCUGGAGAUUCUGCGGAUGAGUGCGUAAGAUACGUAUUCAGCUGAGUUUACGGACGUUACAGUCGGGAACGUGUACAACCAUGGAAAGGAACCGUUAGGAGAACAUGGCCAGAGAGCCUGUCGAGAUGUACAGUACA